CUGCACACUGCGCAGCAACACGUCGAUCGGGAUUUGGACUUUCUCCGUCACCCCUCCUCGCCUCUAGCCACAACGUUCUCGUCUCUCCGACCUCACUACCCCGUUCUUUGGCCCGAAACUCUCACUUCCUCGACCCACCCCGAUCAUACACCUGCCCGACCCAACCACUACACCUGCACGUUUUCCUUCGAAAACCCCCAAAGGUGUAGAUAACUACGAUAAUCCAAUUGAGAACAUCGAGUGUUCCGACGAAACAUAUCCGCGCGCGACGUGAAAAAACUUUCCAGAUCUAGCUCAACAUGUCCGCCUCACCCCAACCGACACACUCCGCCAAGCGGCCCCUCGAGGACACUUCCUCUCCCUCCGUCGCUGAUCAGCCUGAUGCAAAGCGACCGGCCCUCGACAAAAUGGUCAAAGAUGAAGAGGAGGUCCAGGAGCCAAUUUCCGGUAGCAAUGGCGAUACCGCUCCCGCUGCUCCUCCGGCUCCUGUCCCGGCUGAGGCUCCGGCCCCGGCUUCCGAAGCCAAUGGCACUUCGAAGACGAAUGGGGAGAAGCCCGAGGUCAAGGACGCGCAGGGCGAUACUGUCGUGCCGGAUGCCCCCGAGACCAAGCCCAUCACCAGCACUGCCAGCGUCACCCAGCAGUCGGGCCCGCCGCCCGGCGCGCAUGAUGAGACGGCGUGGAUCCAUGUCCGCGCUGUGAUCUCGAGUCCCGAGGCCGCGACCAUUAUCGGAAAGGGCGGUGAAAAUGUGUCCAAGAUUAGACAAAUGUCCGGCGCCAAGUGCACCGUUAGUGAUUACCAGAAGGGUGCCGUGGAACGCAUCCUCACGGUGAGCGGCAUCGUCGAUGCCGUUGCGAAGGCUUUUGGAUUGAUCAUCCGAACGCUCAAUAAUGAGCCUCUGGGCGAGCCCUCCAGCCAGCACUCCAAGACAUACCCCCUUCGUCUGCUGAUCCCCCACAUCUUGAUUGGUUCCAUCAUUGGUAAGGGCGGCGCUCGCAUUAAGGAGAUUCAAGAGGCGUCCGGGGCCCGCCUCAACGCGUCGGACUCGUGCCUCCCCUUGUCUACGGAGCGCUCGCUCGUCGUUAUGGGUGUGGCUGAUGCGGUCCACAUUGCCACCUAUUAUGUCGGCAGCACCCUCCUGGAGCAGCUCAACGAGCGUUUUGGUGGAGCGUCCGCCUCCGCCUACGCGACUCGCAGCGGCGGUCCCGCCGGUGCAGUUCCGGGCGGUAUGCAGGUGAUCCCGUACAACCCGCAGCCGGCUGGCGGCAACUUCGGCAACCGGGAGAACUACCACCGUGGCCGCCCUGACCCCAGAGCCCACCACAUGCCCCCUCAGUCGUACCCGCCGCAGUACGGCCAUCCCCAUCAGGCUCACCCCAACCCUGCUGCCCCCAUGCCCUACGGCGGCCAUGCCGCCGCCGCCGGCUACGCAGCCGGUCCCCACGUGCAGCCUCAUCCUGCCGGUCCCGCCGGCCCUCAUGGUCCCGCCGGGCCGCAUGGGCAACCCAUGCCUGGCGGCGCGGCUGUGCCCGGUGCCCCCCUUACCCAGCAGAUCUACAUCCCCAACGACAUGGUUGGAGCCAUCAUCGGAAAGGGCGGCCAGAAGAUCAACGAGAUCCGUCAGAUCAGUGGCAGCGUGAUUAAGAUUAAUGAACCACAGGACAACAGCAACGAGCGUCUCGUCACAAUCACUGGCACAGAGGAAUGCAACCGGAUGGCGCUCUAUAUGCUCUAUUCUCGCCUCGAAAGCGAAAAACACCGUAUCUAGUCGAUUUUCCGCGGACUCCAAUUCGUCCCACGGUAUUCUCGUAUUUCGGUAUUCGAUGGCGUUGGGGUUGUUUAGGGGGGUGGAAGCAGA